AUGACAUCCAGUUUUAAGAAAAAAUCUUCUAAAGGCAUCGGUAGCUAUCCAAGAGGCACUACUCCAUCGUUACGGAAUGGCCAGCUAAUCACAUCGACCGGUGUGCCAGCUAUUGACAGUCUUAUAGGGUUGAACUCUGUUAAAGCAGUCUGCAUCCUUGCUACUGCAUUAACAAAUAAACUGCAUGGUGAAGGAGUCAUGGUUAAACGAUGUGGAGGUUUACCUAUUGGCACAACCUUAGUUGUUGAGGAGGAUAUUUCCAGUUCGUAUACCAAUGCGUUAGUGAAAUAUUUUCUAGCAGAAGGAGCUGUAUGCAAUCAUGCGUUAUGCCUUGCUUCAAGUAGUAAUCAACCAGAAAGUAUGUUAGAGGGUCUACCUGAUAUCGAUGAUUCUAGCAGCUUCAUCAAUACAGUGGAUGAGCCCGGGUUGGAUAAAAAACACAAUAUGAAUAUUGCUUGGCGAUAUCAAAAUUUACCUACGGUGCAAAGUAGUACAGUCACAUCAGGCUUAGGCCAUAGUUUCGAUCUUGGAAAGGUUAUGCCGAAGAACUUGAUAUCACCACUGGAAACAUACUUUUUCAAAAAUAACCUUAUAGCUUCUGAACAAAAUAAAUUAGAUCAUAAUCUGAAUUGGAAUACGAUCAACCCUGUUUAUAGCAGUUUAUUAUGCUACAUAUCUAGGAUAAUAUCUGAACAUGGCUUUAACAAAACUAAUAGCGACCAGUUAAAUCAUGACCAGAAAGUAUUACGAAUUUGUGUAUCUGGCCUAGCUUCCCCUCUAUGGGGUUGCGACGGAAGGGUGGUGUUACAUGAUAAUCCAGAAAUAUAUGAUCAAUCUCUUCUUAAAUUUCUUAUUGCAUUAAAAGCAUUACUUCGUGAUUCGUAUGCUGUAUGCAUGUUAACGAUACCAGUAUCAGUAUUUGAGGAUGUUGCAUAUUUACGUAGAGUUGAAAAGAUAAGCGAUACAAUGAUAGGAUUAGAAUCAUAUGCGGAUUCUGAUAAGGAAAUUAAUCCACUUUUCCGAAACUAUCAUGGUUCCUUUCAUAUUCGUAAAUUGCCUCGGAUUAGUACUUUAGUUAGUCAUAUCCCAGAUACUAGCUGUUUAGGCUUUAAAUUAAAGCGAAAAAAAUUUGCUAUUGAGAAAAUGUUCUUACCUCCUGACUUAUCAGAGACUGUCAGUAGAGCGCAGGAAGAUGCAGCGCAGAAAACAAAGCUAUCAGCUUGCCAUAAUGUUGGUCAUCAUAAAUCUAUGGACUUUUAA